AGUCAUGGGGUCAAGCGCCGAAACCUGGCUGCUGACAGGGACUUUUUAUGGUAUAUAAACGGUCCGGAAGCUCGCUGUACCACAGUAGGAGAUUUUAUACGAGAUCGAGAACUAAGAAUACGUUGGGAUCCACGAACGCAUCGUUAGACAAGAAGUUCGUAUUUAUCAUCCAGUUUCUUCGUGUCCUGAUAGACCGUAAGAUUUCCUUAGCAAGAAUGAAUUAUUACAAGGAAAUGUCAUCCACCAAGAAACAGCGUAGCGUUUUUAACAAUCGGCCUUACACACGGUAUGUUCAUCGAAGCAGUUAUACGCCAUCCGUUCCUCAAGAUGAAACUGCAUCGUACAAGAAACAGUGUGGCGACGUGUGAGUACCAUAAAGCUACUGCAUAUUUCCACACAUUUUUUCCACGUAUAAUUGUAUUUAUUUUACUUUAUACAUUCUUUCAGUUCUGAUGAUGAAUCUCAUAACCCACCGCGUAUCAUGUGCAGGAGGUUACCGCUGACAUCUACAUCGUUCAAAUACAUAGAUAUUGGGAUCAGAGUAGUACCUCGUGCAUCCUACGUAGAAAUAAUUCUCGGCGAUAAUCAAGGACAUCAGAUUGAGUUAGAUCAAUCAAUUUGGAAAGAAUACAGACAAAAUCAAUCAAAAAUAGACCAGCUGCUAAAGGCAACAGAUGCAUCAUCAUCAGCGAUACAGUUUAAUCAUUUAGCUAUAGAACUAGUUAGAAUGCGCCACGGAAAUAUUGUAAAAGUAACAUCGAAUAAUACUUCUAUGUACAUGAAACCAUCAACCAUAUCAUUUUUAUUUGAAUUGGAACACUGUGUAGACUCCAUACAUUUUGAACUGUAUGCGGAUCUAGAAACUGUACAUGAAAGCUUCGAAGAACUCGUUGUGCAUGUACAAGAUAUGUGGAUGAGUGGCGAAAAAAAAUGCGAUACACCGAACUAUGCCGUUAGAAUCCUACACGACAAGUACUAUAAAAAUUCAACCGAAAAUGGUGAAUUUAUUUCGAUCAUAAUGCGCGAAUUAAUGGCUUAUGCUGUAAAAGAAAUUCUUGCCGAAGCCCAUAGUCGAGGUGAUGUAUUUUGAUAAAUUGAGAUAAUAAAAUGAGAUUAAAAUUUUUUUUAAUGACAUACAUUUUUUCUUCCACUUCCAAUCCAUUCUAUCUUCCCUUCCCAAGUAGUUAAUAAGAAGAAGAAGAGCGGCAACAUAGGGCUAUAUGCGAGGAAGAGGAUGCGAACGGGGAGAGAGGGAGAGAGAGAGAGAGAAGGAAAUACGAGCGGAGAAAAAAUAGACAUCGUUUCAAU